AUGAUAGAGUCAAAUGUUAGGGUAUGCCGGUGCCGUAUUGAGUGGCCCCAGGAGCGUCGCUGGUUCUUUCAGUUUUUCGUAAGCAUUCUCAUCUGCCUCAAUAAUGGUGCAUGCUUCUGCUUCAGCAUAUUCAGCCCUUUCAUGAAAAAAGGAGCCUUCAAGUACAAUCAAUCACAGGUGAAUGUCGUUUCCACUAUGGGUGUCAUCUUAAGUUACUUCUCGUUACCUACCGGGUAUCUGUAUGACUUUAAGGGCCCCAUGCCAACCCUUUUGGUAGGGACUAUAUUGAAUAUGAUUGGUUGGCUUGGCAUGUUCUUGAUGUUUUUUGAUAUGGAACGCCCACUGCUUGGGACAAACAUCGGGACUAUGUGCCUUUUCUACGGUAUCUCACAGUUUUCAGCCAGUUUUUAUGAAUCUGGUAGCGUCCUGACGAAUCUAGAUGCCUUUUCGUGUUACCAGGGACGUGUGAUACUCAUACAGAAGACUUUCAUGGGGCUUGGAAGCUCCAUCAUUGCACAGAUAUACAUUGCUUUUUUUGAGACGCGUGUGGAGGGUAUUGGACCUUUCUUCUUCUUCUUGGUGAUCUACUCCUUGACGGUUGGGGUACUCGGCACAUUGUUUGUUCGUCUACCAACCGAAAAGACGUACUGCUUGGGUCUUAACAUCCCUGAUGAAGAUGUUGUCCGGAGCGGUGGAGGUGAGUCCCCUUUGUUUAGGCUUCCGCUCAACGUGGGGACAUGCGUUCUUCUUCUUUCUAUUGCUUACAUAUUGAUGGCGACGCUGCUCGAAAAUUACCAUUUGAUGUCGGACUCCGAUCGUCUGAUUAUUGGAAUCUUUACAAUCGUCUUGGUUAUGAGUUUCUCUUCUAUGAUUUUCAUCACGCCAAGUUAUUCUUGGAACAUUGGGGGAUAUCGACCGCAGCCUUCAUCAUCUCUUACACAAGAAGAGCUCUCUGUCAUCACAAGAGAUGUGAUGGUUGAGGGGCCUACAACCCCGGAUAACGCAAGGCUGAAGGCAUCCACUUCUCUCUUGUCUAUCAAAAAUUGUCCAAAAUACAGUCUAAACGACAAAGACGCUCCUCGGGAAAAGAAUGAGAUGGAACCUUUGGAACCACGUGAGUUUGCGCCCACGAAGGACACCAAGGAGGUAGAUGAUUGGAAACGACCCGCGUCGAAGGGGUGGUCUUCUCAGUCGGGCGAUAACUUUGCAGUUGAGUCAGAGGCUGGUAGAGAGGAGGUGAAACUAAAUUCAAAAUCCUUGUGGUACAACAUGCGACGACGAGAAUUAUGGCUUAUGUGGUACGUGUGCUUUGCCUCAUGGAGCUCAGCAACCGUGGUUUCAACAAACAGUAGCCAAAUAUAUGAGGCUAUGAACUUUGACGGUUACUCUUCCACAGUCAAUGUUGUUUUUGUGUCCAUUUACGGCGUUGCCAGUGCGGUGGGACGCGUGAUUGUUGGAGCCCUUCACCCCUUUCUCUUGCGCAAGAAGAUAUCUGUAUCUGUGCUCUUUUGUAUCGCCCCCGUUCUAAAUGCCAUUGGCCUCCCACUGUUUCUUGGAAUGCCCCAAAAUGCCCUGGUGGUACCAUUCUUCAUUGUUGGUCUUGCCACUGGGGUUUCGUGGGGGAGUACCAUUCUUAUCGUCAAGGGUCUCUUUGCCCCUGACAAUUGCGGAAAACACUACAGCGCGCUCUAUACCGCAGGGAUCGUUUCCCCUUUGAUAUUCAAUGUUGCUCUUUUUGGUCCUUUGUACGAUUACUACAGUAGACAACAGGGCCGCUGGGACACCCGCAAAUGCGAAGGGCGUGUCUGUAUUUGGGUCCCCCUCGUGGCGUGCGCCGUAGUAAAUGCUAUUGCUCUCCCUUUGUCUAUUUACUUCCUUUUUCGGGUGACAAAAAGAGGAGGCCUCCUGUAG